GCCGCCGCCGCUGCGAUGGCCCAGCAGCAGAUGACCAGCUCGCAGAAGGCCCUGAUGCUCCAGCUGAAAUCCCUACAGGAGGAACCGGUGGAUGAGUCCGACCUCUACAACUGGGAGGUGGCCAUCUUCGGACCCCCCAACACCCUCUACGAAGGCGGCUACUUCAAGGCACAUAUUAAAUUUCCUAUUGACUACCCAUAUUCACCACCUACCUUCAGAUUCUUGACCAAAAUGUGGCACCCCAACAUUUAUGAGAAUGGAGAUGUAUGCCCUUGGAUACUCCAUCCUCCUGUAGAUGACCCACAGAGUGGAGAACUGCCCUCUGAAAGGCGGAAUCCUACUCAGAAUGUGAGGACUAUUCUGUUAAGUGGAAUCUCACUGCUUAGUGAGCCCAACACCUUCUCCCCAGCCAAUGUGGAUGCUUCGGUUAUGUUCAGGAAAUGGAGGGACAGUAAAGGAAAAGACAAAGAAUACGCUGAAAUCAUUAGGAAACAGGUUUCAGCCACUAAAGCCGAAGCAGAAAAGGAUGGAGUGAAGGUCCCCACAACCCUGGCGGAAUACUGCAUCAAAACUAAAGUGCCU